AGGGGCCUCUGGCUAUAAAACCCGUGGCCGAGGGGGCUGAGCGCACUCGGCCUGGCCUUCGGGUCCUCUUCCAGUCGCCGCCAGCCCCACGCCCAGGGCAGAUUUAGCUGCUGACAGCUGCUUGGGACUCUGCCGCCAGGCCUUGGCCCAGACCCGCCGCCGCCACCUCCCCUCUCCUCUCGGGAACUCCUGAGCACGGCCCCUCCAUGGCCCAGAAGGAAGAGGCCGCUGCGGCCGAGGCACCUGCCUCCCAGAAUGGUGAGGAGCUGGACAACCUGGAGGACCCCGAGAAGCUGAAGGAGCUGAUCGAGCUGCCGCCCUUUGAGAUCGUCACGGGGGAGCGGCUGCCUGUCAACUUCUUUAAGUUUCAGUUCCGGAAUGUGGAGUACAGCUCCGGGCGGAACAAGACCUUCCUCUGCUACGUGAUCGAAGCGCAGAGCAAGGGAGGCCAAGUGCAGGCGACGCGGGGGUACCUGGAGGAUGAGCACGCGGCCGCCCACGCGGAGGAAGCCUUCUUCAACACGAUCCUGCCCGCCUUCGACCCGGCCGUGCGCUACGUGGUCACCUGGUACGUGUCCUCCAGCCCCUGCGCGGCCUGCGCGGACCGCAUCAUCAAAACCCUCAACAAGGCCAAGAACCUGCGCCUGCUCAUCCUGGUGGGGCGGCUCUUCAUGUGGGAGGAGCCCGAGAUCCAGGCGGCUCUGAGGAGGCUGAAGGAAGCCGGCUGCAGGCUGCGCAUCAUGAAGCCCCAGGACUUCGAGUACGUCUGGCAGAAUUUUGUGGAGCAAGAGGAGGGCGAAUCCAAGGCCUUUGAGCCCUGGGAGGACAUUCAGGAGAACUUCCUGUACUACGAGGAGAAGUUGGCGGACAUCCUCAAGUAGGCGGACUGGGCCCAGCCUCACGUCGGCCUGCUGCCAAGAGACAGCAAUGACACAUGUGGCCAUCUGGGACGUGCCUGACUUCCCAAUAGCACUUGGAGCUGGACAACAUUCAACACCAACCAAUCCUACUGCACAAGGCCCUCAGAGGACUCCAAAUACACUUAUGCUGUAAAUCAUUGACGCUGCGCCUCUCUCUCUAAGGCUGCUCUUGGGAGCUGCGAGGAGAGAAAUGGCAACCACACGCGGGCACCAGGCAUCCGUGGGGCUGAAGGUCCUCCUUAUUCCCCUGACUGGGCUGCUUACGGCAAAAAGCCUCAAAGAUGUGCAAAGUCUGCACAUCUUUGAAAUAUGUCCAGAAAUGCAUCCGAUGUUAAGUUGGGAUUUUUUUUUUUUUUAAAGAAAAACAGCAACAUUAAUAAAAAAAGGUGGUGUGGUCUUUCUGUGACCAGCUUUUUUAAGGAACUUGGACAUUUAGAAAUUACUUUGGACAGUGAGCAAGUCUUGGGAAUAGGGCUGUCCCAGGCUAUGAACCAAGCUUAAACAACACAUAAAGGGGGAGGAAGACUUAAACCAGGACUUGCCUGGAUAACACAGGAUGUGCCAACUCCCCCAUCCACACUUCACACCUUGGUCUUGACCUUCAUAAAAUAUUUUCUUCCAAGAUCACUUGUAAAUGAGUGUCUUUUCCUUCCUCUGGAGACAAGGACUGUGGCAGAGGAUAAGACAAAAGGCAUUGGAAAUGCAGUAUAACGUAUAUAAACAACCCCGACUGCCAAUUCAUAAGCACUUAGCCUCUUGAUUAAAGAGGAGAGGGUGAGAAGUACGAUUUCAAUGUCUGGAUACACAUCAUGUAAGAGCGGUCAGUGUAUGGUCCUUGAUGGUAUAGGAUGAUGUCAAAAGUCUCAUUUCUGAAAAGGUUUGAGUCCUAUGUAGAAGCAAGUUUUCACACAUGACUUUCUGGGUGUUUGCCAAAUUCUAACUAGGUUUCUAAGAAUGUGUUCAUUCCAAUUAUCAGGCCAUGUCUCCUUUCCCCAGGCUCCAAGUGUGAUAAGUCAUCGGAAUUUGACCCCAAGACUAUCUGCAAAUGACAAAGCACUUUAUCACAACCCAGCUGAAAUCCACUCACAGCCAGACCUCUCCAAGAGGUUUUGUAAGAGACGUGAGUGAGGCUCAAGUUCCAUGAAAAAAAUUAACCCUAAUUCCUUUAAAUGUAGAAGCAGUCAAGAAAACCAGCGUUUUUACCCAGUGUUAAGAUUUAUUUGCAUAGUGAAGCAAAACACUCUUAAGUUUCCUCUUAUCACCCCACUCUCAUUUUUAGUUUUGUAUAGACCUCCUCUGCCUUUUUUUCCCCUCAAUUAUACUCUAUGUAUGUGGACAAAAACAGAGCUUCAUGAAGAUCUUAGUCUAAACGUUUGAUAAUGAAUCUGCACCAGCACUGUCCCUGCCCCAACACUUGAGAACUCGUCUGUUACACACGGAGAUACAAAAGAAGUGAAAUACUUUCUGAAACUGCUGCCUCGUAUCAGGCUGAGAUGCGAUAAGAACACAAGUCUAAAGUACAAAGAUUAUAUUUAACCAGUGCUUUCCUGGUGUUUCAACAAGCCUCUUCUAGAAUCUAGAUCUUUUACACUUGGGAAAGCAGCAAGUCCCAUGACAGACCCAGAAUUCACUCUAGGGAGAAAAUCAAUAGGAAGUCUGUCAUGUGAACUCUUAACACCACAGUAAGUGGAGGAAAAAAACAAUUCCACUGGUUUUCCCCGUAUCUCUGAUACUGAACCACUGACUAAAUCCACAACCUUGUUCUUCCACCAUGAAAUCAAGAGUGGACAAAGCCCUGCUCUCCCAGCUUAGAAGAAAAGGGGAUUAACAUUUACUGUUCUUGAUCCCAGCUACUACACAUCAGAAUCCUCUGGAGCUGAAAAACACAAAGAAACCUGGCCACUCUCCCCCAGCCACAUUACCAAAUUUGAAUUCUUCUGGAGAAAGUGGAUGUUUAUUUUAUUUUUUAAGAUUCACAUGCAUUUUGUUGACCACUGAUUUACUGAGUCAUUACUCCACACGAAGAACUUUGCCAGGUAUUUCACCUGUUUCAUGAUUAACUUCAGACAGGUUCAAUCACAGAACUAUGCAGUGGGAAGAAGAGAGCAUGAGUUCACCGUGGGAUUAGGAAAGGCUGCCUUUCCAGCAUGCUGACCCACAUCAACUGCCCAUCCCAAGGUCUUAUUUCUCACCUUGCUGCUCUCCCCACCAGAACCACUAUCUGACUCCUCCAAACUGAGUUACGGGUGAAUCCUCCACUGCCCAAGUCCAGAACAUAGACCUGUGCAGGGAACCUCACCGCCCCCACCACCCGCCCAAGAUAUUUAUGUUUCCAUUCUUGUCACCACAAAUCCCCUGUUAACAACAUAAAACUCUUUUCUGUAAUUUAAACAAAACCAAACCCAUAAUUCUCUCCUAGGGUGAAUGUGAUGACAUAAGGAUAAUACCAAGUAAGUGCACAAAUGACCAAAGAUGCAAAAUAAUUGAAAUGUUCAUCCUCCCUGAAAUUUCUCUUAAACAGCAGAGAAGUAGAAGCAAUGCUGCCACCUAGUGGCAAGCCACACAAAUCAGGUAGCAUCCCAAGGAAGACAGGAGUCCUAGACCCAACUUUUGGUUUCCCUGUCUAAUAUCAGGCCAUCUACUCCUUACCUUCCUGAAAAAAAAAAAAAAA